AUGGCUCUUUCAAAACCUGUCGAAUUUGUACAAAGUUUAGUGUUGACCUAUUUGGAACGCUUAAACUCAAAACCUAUACAUACAAAGUCAAUUACCAGGUAAUAUGGUUAUUCUAACUAGAAUUAUUUCUUUUAAAAAGUGUAAUAUUAAAAUUAAUUAAUUUUUUAGUUGUAUCAUCGCCUCACUUGGGAAUAUUACUUUACAAAAUAUUGCUGGAGCUAAAAUGAUUGACCAAGAUAGUGUUGUGGCCUUUGGAUUAUUCGGGUAAUUAUAAAAAAAAAGAAACACAAAAUUAUAUAUUUGGGUAUUUAUAUUUUUAUUAUUGAUUUACAAUCAUUAAAAAUUAUCCUUAUAGGUAUUAUUAGCAUUAGCAUAGGAUGCAGGAGGCAAAGGGGGUUUAACUACAAUUUGUUUUUUUUAAAAAAAAAAAAAAAAAAAAGUACCUUACGAGAAAACCUAUUACUGUAUGCUCAUUUUCAGGUAGCUGUAAGAAAUGUUGAAAAGGCUAGAGGAGAUUUUGGGGGCCAUAGCCCUCUUAGCUCCCAGCAUCCUAAGCCUAUGAUUAUUAGUAAGAAUAAUUUUUUAUGUUUUAGACUUUUAUUUGGUGGACCAGUACCACAUUUCUUUUAUGAAUCUUUAGAAACAACAUUUCCCGAAAAUUCAUCAAAAAUGGUUUCAAUUAAAUUUGGUAUUGAACGUUUAAUAUUUACUCCAUUUUAUCAAUUUCUUUCCUUAUAUGUUUUGUCAAGAUUUGAGGUAAGAAUUUGAUUUAUAGUUGCAAUUUGUAAGUAAAAAUUAACUACAAAUGAAUAAUGAAUUAUUUUAGGGAAAAUCCCAUGAUGACACAAUGAAACAAAUAUAUGCUAUUUACUGGCCAAUAUUAAAAGCUAAUUGGCAAAUUAUCUCAUUACUACAGUUUUUUAACCUAAAAUUUGUACCUCCAAUGGUAAAUUUAUAUUUUAUAUUUUAUAUUUUCUUCAUUGAUAUUAUUUUACUAAUACUAAUUUUCAUUUUAGUUAAGAGUGUUGUUCCAUAAUAUGGUUGGCUUCUUUUGGGCUAUGUUUUUAACAUAUAAAAAACGAACAGAUGAUUUUAGACGUGCUAACAGUGUUAAUUAA